CAGAAUCACUUGCAUGAUCUCUCUCCUGUCUCUCGACCACUCACACUUGAGUCACCUGUAGCGUUAAGAUCAAGAUUACCACCUCCAUUUUUCACAACACGGAGGCUGUAUUUUGGUGUUGCUUCUUGACCGCUGACUGGCUGGCUGCUGGCGAGUGUUAACCAGCAGUGUGAAGGUCCAGGAUGGAAAGAAGGAUCAAGCUGAGGACAUUGAAUGAGCACAUUGUGUGUGCCAUCUGCUCAGGCUACCUUGUGGAUGCCACCACUGUUACAGAGUGUCUGCACACCUUCUGUAAAUCGUGCCUGGUGAAGCACCUUGAGGAGCGCAACACCUGUCCCACCUGUGACAUUGUCAUUCACCAGUCUCACCCACUCAACUACAUUGCCUUUGACCGCACCAUGCAGGAUAUUGUGUGCAAGCUGGUGCCAAUGUUGCAAGAGGAUGAGCUUAAGCGGGAGAGGGAGUUUUACCGUGCCCGAGGUGAAGUGUGCCCCAAGGACCUGCCGCAGGCUAACGAGGAGGAUGCCCAGCAGGAUGACAAGGCUGUCAAUGACACAGACUACCACCGCCUCGAUGAACAGGUCAACAUUUGUCUGGAGUGCAAAUAUCCCACCUUGGCGCCACUCAAGAGGAGAUUCAUCCGAUGUUCGGCCCAGGCCACCAUUACCCACCUCAAGAAGUUUCUUGCCCUCAAAGUGCUGGAAGGACCACAAAAGUAUCGGGAGAUUGACAUCAUGUGCAAUGAUGAAAUGCUCGGCAAGGACCACACACUUAAGUUUGUGCAGGUGACCAGGUGGAGGUUCCGCAGUCCACCACUGAAGCUUUCCUACCGGCCAAGAAUAGAUAUAUGAGGGACUGUUUCUUAUAGGACACUACUCUGAACACACACACACACACACACACACACACACACACACACACACACACACACACACACACACACACACACACACACACACACUUACUUCUUAUUUAUGAGAACCUUUAAGGAGAGAUUGUAUGAUCUAAAAAAAACAUUGAUUUUUUUUUCUUUGUUUUUAGAAAUGUUGGACUAAGGUAAGUUUCAACCAGGAAAGAUAAUUUAUUGUAAACUGUAAUUUUCUUUGUGUGUGUGUGUGUGUGAAAUAAUGCAAGGCUUUUUUAUACAUAGGGGAUUUGACUUCAUUUUUACAAAUAUAUUUUAUUUUAGUGUACAUAUAAGGGCUGUGAUGGCAUUUUUUGCCUCACACCACACACACAUUUAGUAUAACAUGAAGGUGUUUAAGUGAAAGCCAUGAAAGAAGCAUGACUGGGUGCAUGAUUGAAAUCAUACUCAUACCUUUUUGUUAGACUGACAUAUUCAAACUCACUUCAUACUGAAUGCAAUAAAGUUAUACUAAAUUA